AGAGAGAGAGAGAGAGAGAGAGAGAGAGAGAUGGAAAAACAGUUGUGUGCAAUUCUAUUGUUCUGCUCAAUGAUCAUGGCCAUGCCUGUGGUUCAUGGCAUCGACGAAAGCCCACAAGCAUUGGAAAAGUGGUUCCAAAGCCUCAGUAUGAUGAAGGAAAAGGUAACAAAGCUUCACUUCUAUUUCCGUGACCAAGUCAGUGGAGAAAACCCGACUGCUGUGGGCGUGGCCCAAGCCAUCAAUACUUCCCAGUCACCCACCUUUUUUGGUUUAGUUAGGGUGAUGGACAAUGCAUUGACGGUCGGGCCUGAGCCCAACUCUCCGAUAGUAGGCCGAGCCCAGGGGACUUAUACAUCGGCUGGGCUGGAGGAAGUGGGUCUACUCAUGACUUUGAAUUUUGUUUUCACGAGCGGAGAGUACAAAGGUAGCACCCUUAGCGUUCUAGGACGAAAUCCAAUCUUCAAUUUGUACCGUGAAUUGCCCAUUGUUGGAGGGUCCGGUGUUUUCCGACUAGCACAUGGAAUCGCCACCGCAAAGACUUAUUCGUUCAAUACCACUUCCGAUGACGCUAUAGUGGAGUAUAAAGUAAUUGUCCUUCAUUAUUGAGUGACUUUGGAUCGGUACAAAGAACUGCUAAUAAG